ACUUUUAAUGUCAAAUUCUGCUUCUUCAGAUGACAUCAGGAAAAAAAUAUUAAAUGAAUAGAACAAGAUGGAGCCACAAGCCAAACGAAGGAAAGAAAUGGACAAAUAUGACACUUGGGAUGUUCUUCCAGUUCUCUCUGAUGAACAGUCCCGGGACACUGAAUUGUUUUUGGCCUACGCAGCACCCAUCAUCGAGAAAAGACAAACUUCUCGCCUGGUCAAAGAGCUUUCCCUGAUCUACCCUUUACCCGGUCUGCAGCACAUAAAAAGAGUGAGGGCUUGCAAAGACAAAAGCACUCCUCACCCUUUAGAGGUCAUUGUGUGCUUGGCCAGAGAUGUGCAGGUGAUAGACUGCAAAGGAGUUAUGCUUGCUGAUCUGCUCCGCUCACAGUCUUUUGACUCCAGUGGUUUGGGAGAACCUUUCCUUGUCAAAAUACCCGCUAAUCCUCCACUAACUAGACCACAGUUUGAAAAAGCUAGGAAACACUGGCCUACAUCAUUUCACGAGGACAAACAAGUGACGUCUGCUCUGAGGGGCCAGUUAUUCACUGCCGAUCAGAAAGCUAAAAUGCAAGAGUACAUGACAGCAGCUGUAGAGGCUGCAAAAUCAGGUGGGGAGAUGGGAAUGGAUGCAGUGGGCGCAGUGAUUGUGGACCCAGAAUCUGAGCAGAUUGUUGCAGUGGGUCAUGACUGUAAGCGUGGCUUUCAUCCGCUCCAUCAUGCUGUCAUGGUCUGUAUUGAUCUUGUGGCCUGUGGGCAAGGAGGAGGUGCCUACAAUUACAAGAAAUAUCCAGCCUGUCGGUUUAGCAGCUCUGAGUCCUUUAGGAAUGCCUGCUAUGCCAAAGAAACCGGACAGCCUUAUAUCUGCACCGGAUAUGACCUUUACGUCACUCGGGAGCCGUGUGUGAUGUGUGCAAUGGCUUUGGUCCACUCAAGAAUCAACAGAGUGUUUUAUGGAGUGCCCUCUGCAGAUGGUGCCUUGGGAACCAAGUAUAAAAUUCAUUGCCAAAAAGAUUUAAAUCAUCAUUUUGAAGUGUUUAAUGGGGUGAUGCUAAAUGCAUGUGAGGCUUUAUUCAAAAAGUGAUAAAAAAAAAUAUAUAAUUAGAUACAAUAUUACAUUGAUAUUUAUGAUGACAUUUUAAUUAUUUUUACGUUUUUUUUUUACUUUUUAUA